GCUGUUCAGAUGGUCAAACUUGUUUACAAAUUAUCAGCUGGUAAAAUUUAGAUUGUGUUUGUUUCGUUUUUCUUUACUUUUACUUUCGUUUUAGUCGACACUUUUAUUUUCAUGAAAUGGAUAUAAGAUGUGCCUUUUACGUGUUGUUUUUUUUUGUGACAAUUUCCAAUGGGCUCGGUCGUUUUGAGUCUACGUCUCGAUAUCUAAUGCAAGUUAUUCGACGUUUGGAUGAAAAAAUUACAACUGUCGAAGUUGUAGAAUUACAAAAACAAGGAGCAAAUCUUAAGCUAAAGCAAUUUGAUUGGGUUACAUGUUCAGGACCUGAUGCUUUGGCUCACAUCAAUGAACUUGAUAUUUCAGAUCCUCUUUCAAUACCCGGAAAUAUCACUAUCACAGUUGACUCAGUACUGAGCUCAGAUGUUCAAUCUCCACUCAAAGUUGCUGUAAGGGUACAAAAGAAGGUGGGAUUUUUUUGGAUUGAUGUCCCUUGUAUUGAUAAUGUUGGUUCAUGUGACUAUGAGGAUCUAUGUGCCAUUAUUCCCUUUCCACCUGGUGAACCAUGUCCUGAGCCAUUUUUAUCAUUAAAUUUGCCUUGCAACUGCCCAGUUUCAAAGGGGGACUACGUUUUAAAAAAUAAACUAGUCCAUAUUCCGGAUGAACAUAUCCCACAGUUCCUGGCUCGCGGACAGUACAGUGUCCAAGUUCAGGCUUCGAUGAAUAGUCAAGAAGUGGUUUGUUUUCAAUCUAAAUUUGCCUUAGUUUAAAAACAUACGAAGUGUCUAUAUCUUUGAAUAACUAACGAACUCUAUAACUAACGAAAUGUUGCCAUACAAUUUUAGCCUUAAUUUGUGGUUUAAAAAUUGCGUUUAAAUAAUAUUAUUGGCAUUACAAUACAAUGACUGACUUGCCAUUUA